GCUCUUAGCUGCUGAACCAUAGGAGGUUUUCUUCCUCUAUAAUCUCUAAUCUCUCUCCCUUUCUGAAAUCAUAGAAAAUCAUGCUUCUGAGAAGCGCCUCUGCACCAAUCUUGAAUUCGUGGCUACCCCAGUACUGCAAGGAUUCAUCAUCCCCAGAGACUGAACCAGUUCACCAGCUUUCAAGAACCAGAUCAGUUUCUUUUACGGCAUCUUUUCAUCCUUCUCCUUCUGAUGAAUCGACGAAGAAGGUAACCCAAGCCUUGCAAGAAGCAGAAUUUCAAACCCCACCAAAGCCCAAGAAAACGAACCCCAUAUCUCGCCCCCACAAAAAACAACCAAAAAUCACGGUCGAAGAAGUGGAGGAAGAAAAAGAGCUAAAACCCAAUUCGGUGUUGUCAUCAUCUUCAAUCCGGAGACUUUUUUCAAGCUCUGGGUUGGGUGAGAGUGUUGUGGGUGAAGAAGGAUGUGCUGCGGGGAAGAAUGAUUGUGUGUUGCAGACUCUGGUAGGGGGUGGUGGAAAUGGGAGUGUUGGUGGUGGUUGUGGUGGCAGAGGAUCAGAUGGUGGAGAUGGAGAGGAUAAUGGUGGGUCUGGAUCUUUUGAAGGUAAUAAUCAUGGGAGUGAUAAAACCGACGUUUAUUACCAGAAGAUGAUUGAAGCAAAUCCUGGCAAUGCGCUUCUUCUUGGAAACUAUGCAAAGUUUUUAAAAGAGGUUCGUGGAGAUUUUGCUAAAGCAGAAGAGUAUUUUGGGAGAGCAAUUUUGGCUAAUCCAAGUGAUGGAAAUGUUUUAGCUCUCUAUGCUGAUUUGAUCUGGCAAACAAAAAGGGAUGCCGAUCGAGCCGAGAGUUAUUUUGAUCAAGCUGUUAAAACUGCCCCAGAUGAUUGUUAUGUCUUAGCUUCAUAUGCUCGGUUUCUUUGGGAUGCUGAAGAUGAAGAGGAUGAAGAGGAACGACUUGAAAGUGAAUACAGCCAUGCUUCUUCUGCAAAUUUCUUCCAAGGAGCUUCUCACCAUCCUCCUUUGACUGCAGCUACUUAGUCUCCACUCUUCAAUAAACCGUCUUUGCCUCUGCUGUGAAAUAGCUCGAGUAACAUAGUAGCUAAGAAAUAACAUUUCCCCUUUUUUGUAAUUUUUGGGUAAGAAGUGAACGAGCCGACUGUAAAUUAUCAAUUAACUCUAUUAUUAGUAAAGCAAAAUUAACUUUCUUAAA